AUGGAUAAGAAGAAGAAGCAGCUGAAGCACACGGUGAACAAAGCAAAAGAGCAAUCGAGCAUGGAGAAGAGGAAUCAGAAUGACAAGAGCAAGACCAUUCACGACAUCCUCCCUCUUGAUCUGAUUCACAUAAUUCUUCUGCGGGUGCCGAUCAGACAUCUCGCUCGCCUCAGAUGCGUUUCCAAGCUGUGGUACUCUCUAAUUUCCGAUCCUGACUUUGCGGAAUUGCAUUUUUGCCAUUCUCUCCCCGCCACCAAGGCAUGCUUCUUCAUGAAAAACGACACUAUGGCUUACUUGGUUUACUUAGACGACAAUGAUGCAUCACAAAGAAUGGUUUGUCCCCCUUUCAAGAAGAAACCACCUUCUGAUUUUGAGGAUGAUUACUUAGUUGUUGCAGCUUGUAGGGAUUAUGAAAGGCAACAAGAUCACUUGGAAUGCUUGUCCUUGAGAACCAAUUCAUGGAUUAAUCUUGAUGCUGUACUCCCCAGUCCAUUGGAUUGGUUUGACCACAAUUCUUGUGGGUUGUUCUUGAAUGGCGCUAUUCAUUGGGUGCCUUCCUGUCUUAAAGAUUACAGGGAUGCUAUUCUUUGCUUUGAUCUGAAGGAAAGGACUUUCUCAAAGAUAUCUGCACCGGAACAACUGCUAAUCAUUGCAUGCCCCGUUCCAAGUCUCGCCCUACUAGGAGACUGCCUAUCUUUGUAUGGUCACAAUUAUGGUAGCGGUACAACUGAGAUAUGGGUGAUGAAAGAAUAUAAAGUGCACUCAUCUUGGACUCUCUAUGAGAUUCCUUGCAAAGUCUUUCAGCCAUUGUGCUUAUCCAGUAACGGUGAUAUUAUUGGAAGAGGUUAUGAUAAAAUAGGGUACUUCAUAUACAAUGUCAGAGGAGACCUGCUCAAGCGUCUUAAAAAUCUUCCUUGUCCGCCUCCCAUGGGAUACUGUGUAUACAGAGAGUCUCUUGCCGUCUUGCCACUCCCUAGCGGCAUUAAGGAUAAGGAUAAGAAGAAGAAGGAAAACUGCCAUCAAGUUCACCAUCAAGUUUAGGCUCUUUAGAAUCACCCAAGAUUCAAACAAAGAGAGAGAAUGAGGAGCCAACAUAUGAGUGGACAACUUGCCACUUGGGGAAGAACAUUUGAAAAGUGCAAAUGAAGUUUAGUCUCUUUUUAAAUCCAAUAUAUCUUUUGAAUCAAAUCUAAUAGUAAUAUUUCUUAGUUGGUUAUGCAAAACUUUAUAGGUUUUAUUUUGCAGAUUACAUAAUAUACUCCUUCUUUUAAUCUUACCUUUAGCGUUCUUGGUUUUAGAAGUUCACUAGCAAAUGAUGGCAAACCCAGAAACAAAAAUUACCGUAUACGAGAGUUGUUUUAUUUUGAGUCUUGCUUCCUACACCGUAGUCUUGUGGUGAGGUAUGUUUCGUUAUUGUGCUGAGUGCUAUACAUAAAUAUAUUUUUUCUCAUUGAUUGUAUACUUUCAGUUAAGAUGUUAGCUUUGGCAAUACCAUAAAUAAUUUUUAGCUGAUGUGUAUCCUUUGUAAUUUUAUUAGGUACAUCACAAUGAAAUAAGACUCAGAAGAUUUAUCUUAAUGUCA